GUCUUUUUGUGUUUACUGAAAAGGAUUGGCUGUUUGCACCCGGACUGCAAAAUGGAGGCUCUAGAGAGAAUUCAACCAAACAGGCAAGUGGUAGCCUUUAUUUUGAUGGUAUUCUUUUCUCAAGCUCGCUCUGAGCGCAUUCGUUAUUCUGUGCGGGAGGAAACAGAGAACGGCUCCUUUAUAGGCCAUCUGGCCAAAGACCUGGGCCUGGGAACUGGGGAAUUGGCCGCCCGGUCGGCCCGGGUGGUCUCUGACGAUGACAAGCAGCGUUUGCAGCUGGACUGUCAGACUGGAGAUUUACUUCUGACGGAGAAACUAGACCGGGAAGAGCUAUGUGGCCCCACUGAACUGUGUAUACUGCACUUUCAAGUGUUCCUGGAAACACCAGUGCAAUUUUUUCAAGGAGAAUUAUUGAUCCAGGACAUAAAUGACCACUCUCCAAUAUUCUCUGAUAAGGAAAUGCUCUUGAACAUACCAGAAAACAGUCAGCCAGGGACUCUAUUUCCAUUGAAAUCAGCUCAGGAUUUGGAUGUGGGCAGCAAUGGUCUUCAAAAAUACACUAUCAGUCCCAAUUCUCAUUUUCACGUUCUCACUCGAAAUCACAGUGAGGGCAAGAAAUACCCAGAUUUGGUGCAGGACAAAGCGUUGGAUAGAGAGGAGCAGCAUGAAUUCAGUUUCACCCUCAUGGCGCUGGAUGGUGGGUCUCCACCAAGGUCUGGGACAGUCAUGGUCCGAAUCCUGAUCAUGGAUGUCAAUGAUAAUGCUCCUGAGUUUGUGCACACACCAUAUGAGGUGCAGAUCCUGGAAAACAGCCCACUGGACUUCCCAAUAGUCAGAGUCUUGGCUAGGGACGCAGAUGCUGGAAACUUUGGAAGUGUUUCCUACAACUUGUUCCAAGCAUCAGAUGAAAUUAAACAAACCUUCUCAAUAAAUGAAGUCACAGGAGAAAUGCGACUGGCGAAGAAAUUGGAUUUUGAGAAAAUUAACUCUUAUCAUGUGGAAAUUGAGGCUACAGAUGGAGGGGGCCUUUCUGGUAAGGGCACUGUAGACAUACAGGUGGUGGAUGUGAACGACAAUGCCCCGGAGCUGACUAUAUCUUCACUUACCAGCUCCAUCCCUGAGAACGCUCCGGAGACUGCAGUCUGUAUCUUCCGAAUUCGAGACAGAGAUUCCGGAGACAAUGGAAAGAUGAUUUGCUCUAUUCCAGAUCACUUGCCAUUCAUUCUAAAACCAACUUUCAAGAACUUCUACACCUUGUUAACAGAGAGGCCGUUGGACAGAGAGGAAACAGCUGAGUACAACAUCACCAUCACCGUCACUGACUUGGGAUCACCCAGGCUGAAAACCGAGCGCAAGAUAACCGUACUGGUCUCCGACGUCAAUGAUAACCCACCUACUUUCACACAAACCUUCUACACCCUG